AUGAGCUCAUCGUUCCGUCUAUUCUUGGGCAAUCUCGCAUACAACCAAGCAGCUUCAACACGGUCUCAUUGUAGCUGCGCUAAAACUGGCGGUGGAAAUUGUUUACGCUUCAAUUCUUGGUGGCAAAUUGUGCUUAAAACCCGAAAUGUGCGCAUUCCCGGUAUCUACAAGCCAUUAGUUGAAUUACUAGAAUCGGUUACUAGUAUAAAUGACGCGGCAGCACUUGAAAUCGAAAAUAUUACUAACAAAAAGAUCAAGGACAUUUCUAAAGUUUCACUAGCUGAACUGUUUAUUCCAGCUGAAAUACUCAAUGCCAUAUCACUUGAUGUCGGUAGAACAUGUCCUACAAUCCCAUUCUUUAAGCGUUCUGGGCAACGACAAAUAAAACGAAUUCUAAUGGUAUAUUCCCUUUUUGACCCGCAAGUUGGGUAUGUGCAGGGGAUGAACUUUUUGGCUGCGAAUCUCCUUUGGCAUUCCAAUGAGGAGCAGGCCUUUUGGAUGCUAAUUAGCAUUAUGUUAUUAUAUGACGUAAGGAGUAUGUUUUUACCAUUAUUUCCUGGUGUGUUCAGGAGAUCCGAGAUUUUAUCGUCAUUGAUAUGUUGCAAAAUGAAAGACAUCCAUUCCCACUUUGAAUCACAUGGCCUUGAUGUCCAUAUGAUGGUUUCUGAUUGGCUAAUGACCCUUUUUGCACAAUCAAUUCCUGUGGAACAACUAGGUUGCUUAUGGGAUUCAUUCUUUUCCUUGGGUUGGACCGCUAUCUAUAACAUUAUUAUAUAUCGCAUAAGCAAGCUCAAGCACAUAAUACUCAAAUUGAGUGAUGUUGCAGACAUAAUAAAGAUCGUAAAGCAUGGUCAAGUAAAGACUUCUUUCUGGUCAUUCACCUCAGAACUCGAACAGGCAUACGUACAUAGCACGGGUGAUCCAAAACAAGAUUGUUCGGAAAUGUGGGCACAUACAAUUUCUUCUUCAAAAAAAUCAAAGCUAGAGUCAUGGGAAGUGUAUUCCCUUGAGAAAAAAGAGCAUAAUGAUUACCAAGACACUUUCAUUUUUCACAAAUCGCGUUCACUCAUGAUAUCUAGGAUACUGAGCAAGAAUGGCAAGGACAAUAUCACUCAAAUGUUAGAGGAUACAUUGGAAAAGUUGCAGCAGUUGCUAGAUAAAUUAUUGGCCGAAAAUUUAUAUCAAAUGCACCUCAGGUACUUGGUUGAGGAAUGCUCCGUUCGUAAUUGUUGA